AUGGCGACAUGGACUCCGCGUUACAAAAUUGAUCCGGAGAAGAAAAAAUACUUUCAAAAACUUGUCAGCGAAAUUAAGCGUCUCAAACCCAAGCACAUCUACCUCGCGACUGACCCCGACCGCGAGGGCGAAGCGAUCGCUAGUCACCUGGUUGAAUUUUUGAACAUAUCGAAGCGCUACUACCGGAUUCGCUUCAACGAAAUCACUAAGCCAGCCGUGCUCGAAGCGGUUAAUCAUCCCGAAAAAAUCAACGAGCCUUUGGUUGAUUCGCAAACUGCUCGCCGCAUUUUAGACCGCGUAAUCGGCUACAAACUUUCUCGUUUAAUGCGCCAAAAAAUCAGUCGUUUUCCCUCGGCGCCCUCGGCUGGCCGCGUCCAAUCAAUCGCGCUCAAACUAACCGUCGAACGCGAGCGGGAAAUCGAACGCUUUGUCCCAACCAAGUAUUUCACUUUGGAAGCGCGUUUAAAAGAUGGUCCGAUCGUCAGUUAUUUGUCGCCCGAUCCGGCUUUGAAAGACGACGUUUACUCGAUUAAGCCAGCUGCCAUCGAAGCUCUGCUUAAAUCGCUUAGUCAAGCCGUUCAAGUGAGCGAUAAAAUUGAGCGCGAGAAAAACGACCGUCAACUAACUCCGCUUAAGCAAGCCAGUCUUUACAAAAGAGCCGAUAGUCAACUCGGCAUGUCUUCCCAGGUCGUUCAACGCAGCGCCCAACGGCUUUACGAAGGAUAUGGAGACGGCGGUCUAAUCACUUAUCCCCGGACCGACUCAACCCGUUUAGCUAAGGGGUUUGUCGAGCAGGCCCAAACUUUUAUCGCCAGCAAGUACGGCGCUGGGUUUGUGGCUAAAAAUGUUAAGGGUUUUUCGGGACCUCAAGAUGCGCACGAGGCGAUCCGACCCACUGAUAUUAACUUGAGUCCCAAGCAAGCGACUGACCGCUUUGGACUCAGCAGUUCCGAAAGCAAACUUUACCAACUCAUUUACGAACACACUUUGCAAUCCUUAAUUAAACCGCCGGUGCGCCUAAUCACCCGCUACGAACUAAUUGACCCCGUUUACCACCAUCGCUUUCGCCAUUCUUCUAGUCGGCUUGGACAAACUUUGCAAGUCAGCGAUUACCACCCCCAAGAGCGCGAAACUAAGGGACCAGGCCGCUACAAUGACGGAUCGCUGAUCGAAACGCUUGACAACAUCGGUGUCGGUCGUCCCUCAACUUUCUCUUCCACUGUCAAAGUCCUCAAAGACCGUCACUACGUCAGCGUCGAAAAACGCGCUUUAAUACCGACUGAGUUUGCCAAAGUGGUUUACGACAAACUAGUCCAAGGUUUUCCGCGGAUUAUGAACGAAAGUUACACCGCCGAAGUUGAGAAAGAACUGGACCAAAUUGCCGAGGGCAAAAAGGACCGUAAAGAACUGCUCGACAGUUUUUGA